UACUGUAUAGCAGCAUAGAUCAGGUUACUCAAGCUCAAAGCCGCAGCCAGAGAGUUGCUUUCACUUGAAUGUCAACGGAACAACUGAUAUUUGGGAGGUUUUGCAAGACAAGUCUUCGAAUAUAAGCUACUUGUGGACUGGGCGUUGAUUUGGGAUUCACCUUAAAGAUGAAUCCAACAACACUGGUCACAAACACUGUGCUGCUCAUCUCUCUGACCGCCGUCUACGGGGGAAAUGUGCUGGUCUUCCCAUUGGAUGGAAGCCACUGGGUGAACAUGAAAGUCCUCAUUGAAGAACUGCACUCCAGAGGCCAUAACAUCACAGUGAUUCGUCCAUCUACCAACUGGUACAUCAAGGAGAAGUCCCCUCACUACUCUUGUAUCACCAUCCCACUAUCUGGUGGUGGAAUUGACGAGAAGUUCUUUAGUUCCUUUGUGACCAGACUACUGCAGAUCCAAAGAGAGGGAAGAGGUUUCUGGUCACGUAUGAGUCUGGAGAUUGAAAUAGGUAAGCAGUGUUAUAGGUUACACAAGGAUUUGGUUGAGAUGAUGACUAUGAUGUUUGAAGAUGCAGAACUCAUGCGAUCGUUUCGCACUGCAAACUAUGACCUGGUUUUGACAGAUCCUGCCAUUGGUGCAGGAGUGUUUCUCGCUCACCGCCUAGGUCUUCCUCUUGUCUUCAAUGUCCGGUGGACAGUCCAGGGAGAGAGUCACUUUGCCAUUGCGCCCUCACCUCUCUCAUAUGUCCCAGUGCCAGGAUCACUGCUUACAGACAGAAUGACUUUUUAUGAGAGAGUCAAAAAUAUUUUCUUUUUUCUUUUUUCAAGGAUUCAAAUCUCAUUUGUCGUAGACGCUAACUACAUUCCAUUUGUACGUCGUUACUUUGGCCCUGAUGUUCACUACAUGUCAUUGUUCCAGGAAGCAGACAUCUGGCUCAUGAGAAAUGACUUUACCUUUGAGUUUCCACGUCCUACCAUGCCAAAUGUGGUCUACAUGGGUGGCUUCCAGUGUAAGCCCUCCAAACCACUUCCCCAGGACAUGGAGGACUUUGUCCAGAGCUCUGGGGACCAUGGUGUCAUUAUAAUGUCACUGGGGACCUUGGUGGGACAACUACCUGAGGACAUUGCUGAGGAAAUUGCAGCUGCGUUCGCCCAACUGCCACAGAGGGUCGUCUGGAGGCACACUGGGAAGAGACCCACCUCCCUCGGCAAUAACACCUUACUAGUGAACUGGCUUCCCCAGAACGACCUCCUUGGACACCCUAAGACCCGAGCCUUUGUAGCCCACGGUGGCACCAAUGGGGUCCAGGAGGCCAUCUACCAUGGUGUCCCCAUAGUUGGCCUCCCGUUGGUCUUUGACCAGCCAGAUAACCUCAACAGGAUGAGGGCUAAGGGAGUAGCUAAGAUAGUGGAUAUCGCCACCAUGAACAGAGACAUUUUCCUGGAGACAGUGAAGGCUGUUCUCUAUGAGCCCUCUUACAGGGAGAACAUGCAGAAACUGUCCAGACUACACAGGGACCAGCCCAUGAAGCCAUUGGACCGUGCCAUGUUCUGGAUCGAGUUUGUCAUGAGGAACAAAGGAGCGGCACAUCUGAGGACAGAGUCCUACAAGAUGUCUUGGUUCACCUACCACUCUGUUGAUGUCAUAGCUACGUUACUGGCAAUGUUGUUGCUCUUCAUUGUGGUUAGCAUUUUAGCUUUUAGGCUUUUGUGGUGGAAGGUGUUGUGUAGCAGGAAAGUAAAAUAUGAAUAAAAUAUGUUUAAGUAUAGGAAAAUCUAAUCUAAUUAUC